UACAAAGUGAGAGUUUCUCUCAAAAAAACCCAACAAAACAAAACAAAACCCAGAAACCCUUCCACACAUUCUGUUAGGGGAAAGUGCUGGAUGGAGAAAAAGAUGCAAUUUGAGGAAAAUCCUGAGGAGAGCAUAGAAUAAAGAAACAUUGGGCAGGAUAUUUCUCAAGUCAAAUUAAGAGCUCUCUAAGAUAAUGAAUUCUACAGUGGAUUCCUGAGAUUUUUCAGGGAUGAUUAUAUUGAACAUGAAUUUAUGGCAUGGGCGAGUUUCUUCUGGAACCCAGUAAAGUGGCUGAAAUCUGUGUUCUGGAUGAUGAGAAGCCAAACUAGAAUUCAGCUCUAUAGUCCAAGAGGCCAGCAACCAGCCAUGGGGCAUUGUUAGAGCGGCCUUGUGCAUAGGUCACACCUGGGGCAGGCUGCGGAUGAUGUGGGGAGCCCCUGACUGGCCCCAACAUGAACGAUUAGGCAGAGUGUUGGGAAAGACAGAAGCAUUGCCCAGCCUGGUCACUGCUCAAGCAGAAAGCUGACUGUCUCUGCUCCCAGUGUCCAGUUCUUUGCCUCCCCCACUCCUGGGCACCUUAUCCAGUGCUUCCCUACUUUCCAGACUUACAUGGCUAUCUCUCGUAUCUUAACCUCCUCCCAAAGCACCAUCUGAAGUGGCCAGCAUAAUUCAACCAGUGACCUUUCCCUCAGAGUCAUUUGCAUUUUUAACAGGGACUAGCAUAUUAAGCUAAGCUAUGAGAGAAUUCAGAGUGGAACCCUGGCCACCAGCAAAAGAGGAGGAUGCUGUCUGGGGACUUGACGUCUGAUAAUUGACCUCCUGCCAGAGUUCCAACUGAAGGAGGCCCCCUGGUUCUCAACCAGGUGAGGCCAGGAGAGAGUCCAAGGAGACAUACUAUCAGGUUGGAAACUUCAUUAAGUUUUUAUGUGAAAAUUUGGGCGCCUCAUUGCUCAGGCCUGGUCACAUGGCUCACAGAGCGCAAGAAAUAGGGCCAAGAGUCAGAUCUGAGGAACUUCUGAGGGGCUGAUUCAGUGACUUCUCUGCCGAAGGUCAGGAGGUCCAGGAGCAGGGUGUGGUUGGGAGGGGCUGUAGGGCUCUUCGGAAGGAAAGAAGAAAAGAACAAGGGGGAGGGGGUGCCGCCAGGUGAGAUCACUGGGAUGAGUAGGAAAGACAUUUUCUAACUUCUGAGGGUUUGAGAUUUUAGGAAGGAAGGAAGAAAGGGAAGCACAUUACCCUUAUCUUUGGGGACCAGGAGGGUGGGGACACUGAAGAGCAGUUGGUGAGUCAUGCCAUUCUGUCCACUCUUUAGUGGGAGGAUGUCAGCCCUGGUGCAGGGGACUCAGCGCUGUCCUCUCUGGGCCUCACACCAGGAUCAGUCAGGGAAUGAACAAAAGAAAGUCCCCCGUCUGCCUUGUGGAUGUGAAGAUGUGUCCCCCUCAACUGAGGCUUCCAGGGCUGGCUGGUGGGGACAGAGUGGAAGUGGGCUGUCGAUGAGGGGCUGAAGAUGGCAGGGUCACUUGUGGGAGCCUGAAGACCUACCUGGCUCUCUUAUGCUACAGAGGGCACAAGCCCAGCUGACCCUACAGGAGCCAAGGCUGGCUUGAGCUGUACUAUGGCUACUGGGAUGGUAGACAGGACUGUGCCUGAUGCUUGUGAUUCCUUGAGGGCGACACAUAUUCUGCCUGUCUCCUGCUCUCUCCAGUCCACCACCUUCAGGAACUAGGAAUGGGUGGGAAAUGUGUCUCCUAGUGCUCAGCCACUGGCCACCUUUUUUCUCUCUGCCCCCAUCCCCUACCAGCACAUCUGCAUCUUCCACAGCUGCUACAGACAGAUUGGUCAUGUGGGCACUGACGGCCCUCCUGCUCCUGGUUCUAAGCACUGGUCAAGCUGCUACACUGGAGAAGCCCAUACUGUCUCUACACCCACCUUGGACCACAAUCUUCAAGGGCGAGCGGGUAACCUUGAGGUGUGAUGGACAUUACCCUCUGUUCCUGGAAUUGCGGCCCAUCAGCACUCUCUGGUAUCUGGGCCACCUACUCCUGCCCUCCCACAAGAAGAGCAUCGAGGUGCAGACACCAGGGGUGUAUCGAUGCCAGACUCGGGGAGCACCUGUCAGCGACCCCAUCCACCUCUCUGUAUCUAAUGACUGGCUGAUCCUUCAGGUGCCCUACACGGCGGUGUUCGAGGGCGAGCCGCUGAUCAUGCGCUGCCGCGGCUGGUACGACAAGGUGGUCUACAAACUGCACUACUACCACGACGGCCAGGCGGUGCGCUAUUUCCACUCGAGCACCAACUACACGGUGCUGCAGGCGCGCGCCAGCGACAGCGGGCGCUACCAGUGCUCGGGCACCAUGCGCAUCCCGGUGGAGAGCGCGCCCAUGUUCUCCGCCAAGGUGGCCGUGACCGUGCAAGAGCUGUUCCAGACGCCGGUGCUCAAGGUGCUGCGCUCACCGGAGGCUCGCGGCGCCGCCCCCCGCGGGGUGACCCUGCGCUGUGAGACGCGCCUGCACCCCCAGAAGCGCGACUCGCCGCUGCAGUUUGCCUUCUACAAGUACAGUCGCGCGGUGCGCCGCUUCGACUGGGCCGCCGAGUACACUGUCCCGGAGCCCGAGGUCGAGGAGCUCGAAGCGUACUGGUGCGAGGCUGCCACCUCCACCCGGAGCGUCCAGAAGCGCAGCCCGUGGCUGCAGCUGCCGGGGCCGGGCUCUCCCCUGGAUCUGGCAUCCACCUCCGCCCCGGAGCCCCAGGCUGCAGCUCUGGCGCCGGAUAACAAGCUGCUUUCCAUCAGAAAGCCUCCAGUGUCCAGGUUGAUCCUGUCGGUUACCUCUGUCCCAAACGCCACCUCAGCGGGGUUGCAGUUCCCCGCUGGCGGCAGCGCCCCCACUGCUGGGCCACCUGCCUGCGCUCAGCCCACUCCCGUGGGACAGUGGGCCGGAGCGCUGAAACCCAACGUGGACCUCUUCCGAGAAGUACAGCUGCUCAUAAGCCUUUUGAGCCGGGUGGUUGUGGAACUAAAGGAGCCACAGGCCCUAUUGGAGCUCAGAGGGAGCCCUGAGACCCCCACUUCCCACUUUGCUGUGAGUCCGGGGACCCCAGAGACCACUCCAGUGGGGACCUGAGAGGCAGCCUCCGUCUUCUCUCCAGGACCGGUCCUCCUGGGUUUGCCUGUUUCCCCUUACCCACAGACCCUUCAGAGCCAUCUCUGUUCUUUGUUUUGCUGUGAUUAUAAAAGAAGCACCCAUAAAGUGUGGUGGCUGACGA